GGGCCCCUAAGUGGCCCUUCACUGGGGAAGCUGCUUGGUUUACUGGUUUCUCUAGAAUUGGAACUGGGAGUUUCCUGUGAGUCCUUCCCUGGAGCAGGUGUUGCUCCUGCCAUCAUCUUAUUACACCUCCUGCUCCUCCCCUCCUCCAGCUGCUCCUCUAAAGGAAACAAAACAUCAGAGUUCCUGUUUUUCUCAGGCUCCCUAUGUGAAGCGGAUCAUGAAGCUCUUCCUUCUGCUCUCUGCCGUUCCUGUGGUUUGGUGCUUCAGCUCAGGUUUGGUCUCAGACAGCUGCGUGGACAUGAGUCCCCACCAUGCUGGGUCGCCUCAGACCACAGCAUCCCCGUUCACCGUCAGCGUCAAGCAGAGCGGCUUCAGACCAGGAGAGGACGUUACAGUUUCUCUUCAGGCUCCAGCUUCCCGUCCAUUUAUGGGUUUCCUGUUGGCAGCCAGAGAGCCGGGGGGGCAGUCUGGUGUGGGCUCAUUCGUAGUGGACUCAGACUCGGCCCGACUCCUCACCUGCUUCCAGAGACCUAAAGCAGCGGUGUCCCACACAUCCGACUCCACCAAGACCAACAUCCAGGUGAAAUGGAAACCCGACUCAGUAGGAAGCAUUGAGGCGGUCCAGUUCCACGCUUCCUUUGUGGAGAGUUACAAGACUUUCUGGGUCGAUGUAAAAAGCCCAGUUCUGAGUCUAAUAAAUGAUAACAGCACCAGUACCCCAGGCUAUAAUACCAUCUCCAGCGCGGGCUGUGGUGACUCGAAGGUGUGCUUCAGUCGACCUGCAGGCUGCGAUCCAGCCACCGGUUCUCUGUGUUACUUCAUGUCAGCUCAGGUGCUUCCUGGGGGAUCCGCUGUCCGCUAUGAGAUGACAGGAACUGCUGAUGGAUAUGUGGCCUUUGGGUUCUCAGACGAUCAAAUGAUGGGAAAUGAUGACAUCUAUAUCUGUGGCAUCGACAGGAAGGGGUUGACGGGGGUCCAGCAUGCCUUUUCUACAGGACGAACAGCUCCACAAGUUCAGCCUCUGGGUAACGUGUCGGACGUAACAGCUUCAAGUCAAAAUGGGGUUCUAAGCUGUUCCUUCACUUCCAGGAAUCCGAUCUCUACUCAGAGGAGCUCAGGAUAUAGCAGCUUGUUUUACCUGCUCUUUGCCUAUGGAAGCAGCCACAAUGGAAUAAUCCAGAUGCAUCAGGAUACUUUCAGCAGCAAGCAAAGGCUCCAGAUUUCCUCCCCUGCUGUUGUCCAGAGUGACAGAAACAUCUACAUCAUCCAAACGCACGGCGCCCUGAUGCUGAUCGCCUGGAUGACCACAGGUCCACUGGGAAUGAUGAUAGCACGAUUCCUGAAAGGUGCGGGCGAAGGAGUGAAGCUGUUUGGCAAAGAUCUAUGGUUUGUGGCCCAUGUUUCGGUGAUGAGCGUCACGGUGGCAGCUACCAUCACUGCUUUCGUCCUUGCCUUCGUAUUCGUGAAUGGCUGGGCUGAGGGAGCUCAUUCUGUGUUGGGUUGCCUGGUCCUGAUUUUAGCUCUGAUUCAGCCCACCCUGGCCCUGAUGCGUUGUGGACCACAGCACCGCUGGAGGUUUCUAUUCAACUGGGGACAUUCUUUCAUUGCAGCAUCUGUUCACCUUCUGUCAGUGGCGGCCAUAUUCACGGGUAUUCAGAUGAUGGAUGGAACCACGGACCGCUGGCUGGUAAAAGUGAUGGGGGGGUUCGCCGGCUGGGAGGCUUUGUUCUACGGCCUGUUGGAGCUGAAUCGAAGCUGGAAGCUGAGAACAGAUGGCGGCUCUCCUCCGGGGUCAAAUAUGGUAAAAGACAAAACACCAAAUAUCAAAUAA